CUGUGAUUAAUCACUUCACUCUUAAUACACUUUAGUUUUAUUGGCUUUGUGUUGGGUUUUGAUAUUUAAAUAUUAAAUGCAACAAUCUCUAAAGAUAGCGUAAUAUUCCUAUUCGAUCUCGCAUUGUUGUGUUAUUUUAAACUAAAACAAGUACUAUUUGUACACAGCUAGAUGUUUUAUGCAGAGCUAGAUGAUAGCCGUGAAAAUUCCGUCAAAAUAUACGAGUGAGAAUUUUAUUUCAUUUGUUAUGUUUUAAAACCAAGUUUAUUAUUUAUAGCUGUCUAUUUUAUGUUAAUGUGUAGGAAAGAAUGGAAAUGUUUGUUCUCUAAUACCGACAUUGAUGAACUACAAGAACUUGCUAUCAAAGGCGAAUUGCGAACAUCUAGGUUUAGAAGUAUAUGCUGGCGCCGUUUAUUGAACAUACUGCCAUCAGAUUCGUCUAACUGGUUAACAAUAAUACAACAGUCUCGAUCCACUUAUAAUCGUAUUAAAAUGAAACAUCAUAAUGAUCCUCAUCAAGAGGAUUCUGGACCAGAUGACCCACUUUCACAGGACGAUAAUGUUAGUUUUUUCCUUAAUGCCUAAUACCUCCUUUUACCCAACUGCUAAAAGAUGGUUAUUUUAAUUGUUUCACUUAUAUAUUUUAUAUUUUAGAGUAUUUGGAAUCAAUAUUUUCAAGAUGAAGGAUUGAAGAAAAUUAUAGAACAAGAUGUGGUUCGAACAUUCCCUGAAAAUCAAUUUUUUAGAGCAGGACCUCUUCAACGUACAAUGGUUGAAAUACUAUUUUGUUAUUCAAGGGAACAUCCGGAUUUAUGUUACAGACAAGUAUACACAUAUUUUAUUGUAUUUUUGGUUUUAAUAUUUGAUAAGAAAUACUUAACCUAAAAUUGCCAAUUAAACUAUUUCGGAUUGUAAAAAAAAUCAAUAAUUAUACAUUUUUAUUUGACUAGGUAUGUUAUUUUAAAUAAAACAUUGCAAAUUAUUUCAUAAUAAUAGAUCAUAUUAUCAUUUAAAUAUACUUGUAAAUUACUUACACUUGUAAAUAAUAAGUAUUAAUAAUUGUUGUUCAUUUUAUAAUUGAACUUUACAAGUCAUAACCAAUUAUUUAUUUUAUUAUAAUUAAUGUAUGACCGAGUUUAGUAUAUAACUACUUGGGGUCCCAAGGGCAUAUUUCAGUAUUAAUUUUGUUUAAAACAUUGUUUGUAAAAUUCAGAUUUGAUAAAUACUAUAGACACCUGCACACACACUUAAAUAAAAAAAUAAUUAUUAUUUAUUUAUCCACACAUAGGUACAAGAUAAUAUUAUAAUAUAUAAAAGUAUUAAAAUAUUAUGUAAUUACAUUGCUUGUAUCAAUCUGAAACAUGACAUUAUGUUAAUAAUGUAUGCACUAUUGCAUUAUUAUUAUAAUCAUUUUAUUAUCUGUACACUGACCUUAAUGUGUUUAAUACAUGGAGACUGCAAUGAAUUAUUAUUCGCUUAUUAAGAGAUGCAAUCAAGAUAUUGAUACAUUUGCUAAAUUUUAAGUUUGCUAAUUUCAGUAAUUUUGGUUGAUUAUUAAUCUAAGAUAAAUGUUGUUCUACAAUUUGUACUAAAUCCUGAGAGUAUUUUUCAAAUAUACACAAUGUUAGUGCACCUAUUGAGGAGUUUUUAUUUUUUAUAUAUUUUUUCAGAUUUUAUGAUGAGAUUUUAAUGUAUUAUAAAUUUAUUUUUUAAAUGUCAACUAGUAAUUAUUACUUAUAAUUUAUUUUAAAUGCAGGGUAUGCACGAGAUACUCGCACCAUUAAUAUUUGUUCUCUUUUGUGACCAUCAGGCAUUACUUCAGGUUUGCGGACAAUUAUCUCCUGAUGUUUGGUAAAUAUUAAUAGUUAUUACUUAUUAGUUAUUAGGUAAUUAUAAAUAUUAUACUUGACAUAUUUUAUUGUUGAUUUUAGUGAUUUAAUUAAAGAUAUUCUCAACCCUGCUUAUUUGGAAGAAGAUACUUAGUAAGCAUUUCAUAGUGAAAAAAUAUACUGUUUUUAAGGGCUUGACAUUUUUUUUUUGUUUCAGUUUGUUGUUUAGUACUAUAAUGGAAAUAAUAAAAGAUGAUUAUAAUUUUAAUGAUUACGGAAUUUCUCAAUUGGAUCAUUUGGGAGCUGUUAAAACUGCUGUACGUUGUUUUUAUUUAUAAUUAAUAUAUUUGUAUAUAUUAUUUAUUAAUUUUAGAGUAAUCCAACGGAAAGUCAAGUUGUACGCAAACUCUACAAAAUACGUGAUACAAUAUUGGCCAAAUGUGAUCCAGAACUACAUCAACAUUUAUCAAAUUUAGAUAUUUCAUUCACAACUUUUGGAGUGUAAAUAAAUUUUAAACUUAUUUGUUAUUUUUCUAAUGGAAUAUUCAAUAUAAUAUCUAUCUUUCAGUCGUUGGUUGAGACUAUUGUUUGGAGGAGAAUUUUCAUUGGUCGAUGUUUUAGUAUUAUGGGAUUCUAUUUUUGCUAAAUCACCUCAAGACUUUGCAUUAGUCAAUUAUAUAUUUGUUGCAAUGUUAGUGAUUUUACGCAUUCAAUGUAAGUAUUUGCAUACUAAUUUUUGUUGACUGUACAUUCAAAGGUAUUAUAAAAAUGUACUUAACCUCAUUUAUAGAAAUUCAAUGUUUUAAUUUGUUGAAUUGUGUUUUAUGUUUUCAGUACUCAAGAGUGAUAAUACAACAUGUUUAGGUUAUUUAAUGAGAUAUCCAUCAAUCGAUGUGAUGGAUAUUAUCCUGUAUGCUUUACAUAUGUUUGCUCCGACGGUAACGUUUUAAGUAUGUCAAAAAGAUUUAUAAUGUUAAAAUUAUAUUUUAUUGUAGACUUACGCAUUACCAUCCGCUGCUACAUUUCUCAAGUAUCAGACAGGCAACGACAAUCUAAAAACAAAUAAUAUAGUCAACCAACCAGAACGGUUAGUUAAAAUAUACGAUUUUGUUUCAUACACCAUUCAUACAUCACUAAGUGUAGUUUUUACAUGUAAAGUGUUGGUUAGAGUUAACCGUGAAUUAAUUAAUACGAUUUGUGGCCGGUUAGUGCAUACCAGAUACUGUAAGAACAGCCCAAAAGACCCUGAUAAGUAAUAUAUUGCUUGGAUGUGUUUUGCUUCCUGUUUUGCAAAUGGGAAACAAAUUGCAUAGUGUGGUUAUGCUCUAAGUCUUUGACUUGGUUGAAUGUGUAUAAUGAAAUUAACAAUUUCACAAUAAUUAUAGAAAGUAAAAAAACAAAUUAAAUUUCCUUAAAAAAUUGUUUUGAUAAUUAAUAAAUCUUCAAAUGUUUUUAAUUAAUUGAUAUAUUACGACUUAAAUAUAUUAAUUAAAUUAUAUUUAUUAAUUAAAAUUAAUAAUAUUAUUAUUAUUAUAAAGAUAAUAAUUUGAUUUCUUCAAUUUUAGGCCAUCCAAAUUUAUUAGUAGUUCAAGUAAUUAUUCCGCAAGACGAAUGUAUAAUAAUUCAACAGAUGUAAUUAAAAUUCUUAAAUUCUUACCUGUAUCAUGAUUGUAUUUUUAUAUUAUUUUUUAUUAUUUCAGGAAUUAAUAGAUGUAUGUAAAAAUAGAAUACUGCAAUAUCAUUCAGUUUUAAGUAAUGCUGUUCCCACGCAUAAUAAAGAAGCAAUGCAAGCUUUAAAAGGAAUGCUUGAGGUAAAAAAUAUACCUACAUGUAACAUUAGUGUUCUAGUUAUAAAAAAAAAAAAUUAAUAACACGUACAAGUUUUUUUAAGGUAUCUAGAGGUUAUCCCAGAUGAAAUAAGAAAGUGCUUUAAUUUUCCACAUUUUAAAUAGAAACUAAAAAAUUGGUUCUAUGAUAAUUUGUAAAAAUAUGUCUUAUUUCAAAAAUUCUUUUUAUUGGUUAUUAUACUAUUAUUAUUCUUAUUGAGUACCCUACUCUCUCUAUCCUACCCUAUAUUCCAAAACAGUUUUUUUUUUCAGUUUAUAGUUAUCAUAUUCCUUAGUUAAUUGUAUUUUUUUGUUGUUGUUUUUUAUAAUUAUUUAAGAUCUUAAAAGAUAUCUUUAAGAUAUGAUAAGUAAUCCUGCUCUACUAUAAGAAGUUUUACUUUAGUGUCAAAUAAAGCUAGUAAUUUUAUUAUUGAUCUAUUCUACUUUGUAACAUUUUUACUACUAGCAAAUAAAGAUGAUUAUUAUAUUAUUAUAUAUUAUAUUUACCAAAGCCCCUAACUACGAUAUCUUUAAUAUAAUGUAUAAUUUAAGUUAUAAAUUGUUAUUUAUGUGAUUUAAUAAAUAAAUAAUAUAGACAUACAGAAACGAUAAUAGUAUACAUUUUUUGUGUACACAGUUGUAUGCUAUGCUCGAUAAUCGACCGGGCGUUAUAGAAAUGGGUAAAGAUGUCGCGCGAUUUACAACUCCUAUUCAGACACCCAUUAGUCCAGAUACUCCAGAAGGUGGGCCAUUGUUACCUCCUCCUGCUUCUGCAAUUACGAUGAAGGUUUUCAGUCAGUCGGAAAGAUCAACUCACGCUCAGAUUCAAGGAGCGCCCACUAAAAAUCCACUUAAACAAAUGAAACGGUAAAUACAACUAAGCAUUUUGCUAAAUUUAAUUACCUAGCAUUUUUAGAAUAUUUGAAAUUUUCUGUGAUUUAUUAUUGGUUUUAUAUUUUUAAACAUAUUAUUAUUAUUAUUUUUUUUUUUUUGUUAUUGUUUUUUUUAUUAUAUAUCUACCAUAAGAUUGGCUGUUAUUAGGUUAAGCAUUGUGUUAAAUUUUGAGGCCGUGAAUCAUUGUUUUGUUGAUUUUUAUCUAAUUAGUUCCAAUUUUUUAAUUUUUAUAAUUUUAAGGUUUUAUAUAUUUAAAAUCUUAAAUGAAAAAUAUAGUUAAUAAUUUGUUUAAUAUGUUAAUCUGACUGAUGAAGAUCUAAAAUUUUUAAAAUUUACUAUUAAAUUUAGCUGAGAAAUUUAUAUUUUUAUAUAAAAGCACAUCUUGGGAUGCAUGAAACCUUUAAAUGUAUUUGUUUAAUGUUAAUCUAAUACAAUAUUGAUACAAUUUUAUAUCAAUGCAUAAUAAAAUAUAAGAUUGGACUAGAACUAGUAUUCUCUGCGAUUUGUGUUUGUGGACAUUAACAUAGUCAAUUCAAGUGUUAUAACUAAUGAAAACUGAAAAUAUAAGUUUUGAAGUUGAUUCAUUCAACCAUAUAAACUAAUAUUAUGUAUGAUUUUUGUAAAAAUAUGACCAUGAAGAAAUGGUUAUAAUGCUUUUUUAUUGUUCAAAAUAUUGGCAAGUAGUUAUGUCUGUUGGCAGGUAUAACACAUAAAAUUACAUCCUAUCGACACUAUAAUACAGUUAAAUCGAAAAUUAACAAAAAGUUAUAAUGUGGUUUUGCAAUUAUAUAAUGGUGAAGAGGAGGGCUUCUGUAAAUACCUUCAUUAUGGUGGUGAAAAUAUUAUUUUAUAUGUAACCAUUUAUUUAUGUUGAGUCAAACUGGACCAUCAAUAAACACAAAAAAAAAAAAAAACAUUCAAC